GUGCUUGGAGGAGGGAGGGGUGGGAAGGAGCUGGUGCCUGGCGGGAGGGGGUGGAGGCGACCAUGGACGACCAGGGCUGCCCGCGGUGCAAGACCACCAAGUACCGGAACCCUUCCCUGAAGCUGAUGGUGAAUGUCUGCGGGCACACGCUAUGCGAGAGUUGUGUGGAGCUGCUGUUUGUCCGGGGAGCUGGAAACUGUCAGGAGUGUGAUACGCCACUGCGGAAGAGCAACUUCAGAGUGCAGCUCUUUGAAGACCCUGCCAUUGACAAGGAGGUGGAAAUUCGCAAGAAAGUAUUGAAAGUAUACAAUAAAAGAGAAGAUGACUUUCCCAGUCUAACGGAAUAUAAUGAUUUCCUGGAAGAAGUAGAAGAAAUUGUGUUUAACUUGACAAACAAUGUGGAUUUGGAGAACACCAGAAAGAAAAUGGAUAUGUAUCAGAAGGAUAACAAAGAAGUCAUUCAGAAAAACAAGAUAAAACUGACUCGGGAGCAAGAGGAGCUGGAGGAAGCUUUAGAGGUGGAACGACAGGAAAAUGAGCAAAGGCGACUGUUCAUACAGAAAGAGGAACAAAUGCAACAGAUUAUAAAAAGGAAGAAUAAACAGGCACUUUUGGAUGAACUGGAAAGUUCCCAUCUGCCGGCCUCCCUGCUCUUAGCUCAACAUAAAGACAGAUCUACGCAGCUAGAAAUGCAGCUGGAAAAACCCAGACCAGUCAAACCAGUCACAUUUUCCACUGGCAUCAAAAUGAGUCAGCAUAUUUCCUUAGCGCCCAUCCAAAAACUGGAGGAAGCAUUGUAUGAGUAUCAGCCACUGCAAGUCGAGACCUAUGGACCGCAAGUUCCAGAAACUGAACUUCUAGGAAGACUAGGUGCAGCAGGCCUCUGCAUUGGGAAUUGUACAGCUGGUAUCAAGAUGAUGGCUAGGGCUAAUUCCUGAUUAUGUUCCACAUGGAAAGCAGCCUUCCUUGUCCCAACCCCUUUUCCCCCCUUCCCCCAGGAACCGGAGAGUCCAAAUGUCUUCAGAGGUUCCUUCUCCAGCUUCCGUUGUUGUUUCUGGCACACAGCCACAAAUAAUGCUAUUCAAGCCCAGGAGUAUCAACAUUACAGUGGCAUCAUGGCUGUAAGAAGAGUAAGAAACUGAUCAGUCUGAUAAUGGUCAUUCAGAGCAUGGGAAGGCACAGCCCAACAGCAUACCAAAUACCACAGGAGAGCUACCUCCUCUUGCUCCUGCUCAGAACCUUGGCCUCCCCAACAGACCACAAGAGGUACUUAGAUGGAUGUUCAUAGCAGUGUGUGGCCCUCCCCACCCUGGCCUAUCCAGGCAGUCUGCCCUCUCAUUCAGCCUAGACACCACCAGAGUUUCCACAGGGCUAAAGAAUUAACUAAAAAGCUGAAGGGAAAGAGCAUCCUGUUCUGAAUGACCCAGUUCCUCCCUCUCCAGGUCAUGCAAGAAAUCUAGGACGUUGCAACAAUACAGCGAAGAGGUCCAAGAAACCAAUGAGGUACGACUUUCUCAGACAGAGAGACUUCACUCCUGGAAGAAGGGGAAGUAUUGGAUCCAGAUUCAGAAACACUGAAGGAGAACAGAUAGGAAAUACUUGCCCACAUCCUUUUCACUAUGAAACAAAGAUCUGAUGAGUUGCCACAACUCUGGAUCAGGAGAAGCCUCUAAACAAGACUCCAACAGGCCCAAUGACAGUAUAUUUAUUUUCUUUUGAGCAGAAACCCAACAAAGCAUCUUGGCUAUUAUUAAUGUAACUGUAGAGAAAGUGGUCAAAUCAGAAUUGGAGCACCCAACGAAAUGAAGGUACUUUAACAGAGAAGUAAUGAGUUCUUUAAAACUGCUGAAACAGUGCAAUUUCUUGGCCUGGAUUCCAGGAAUAGAUGCAGUAGUGGCAGAGACCACAGCCUUCCAAAUGGGAUUUGUUCCCAAAGUUCGAAAUGGACCAAGAGAUUGAAGUGGCUUUGCUGGCCCACCCUUGGGCAGCAAGCUUCCUGAAAUAGUCUCUUCCUAGAAAGAAUCUCACUUGAAGUCAAUGGAGAGAUUUUUGAGGAUCAGACUUAUAGUUUUUCUUAUUAAAAGCUAAAAUUGGAUUGUGGGGAAGGGGCCUUUGGAAAGGGAGGAUCUGGAAGUGGCUGGGUGAGUGUGUUGAGCUGUUUUGGAGAUUGAGCAUGAGUUUUGUUAUUGUUUUGUUUUAAAAAAGGAUAAAAAAAAUUGAAGAUCUUUCAGAAACUUUAAUUUGUCCAAGGAACAGCAACCUGAUUAUUAGCUUGGACACAAUUGCUUUAAAUUUUGGAUGUCCAAGUAUGUCUAAAUGGAAGGAAAACAGAUGUAAAGGAAUGAGCUGUUUUUGUUGGCAUUCUGUAUUCUAGAUACUUUUUAUUAAUCAUAAAAGUUUUUAAUUUAAAAAAACUGAUCCUGAGACAUGGAAGUCCACAUGUUUAAUUUAUGUAUCUCCUGCAUCAGUAUUGGCAGGAUCAGGGCCUAGUAAAUAUUUGUGCAAAUUAAUGGUAGCUCAUAAGGAUUGGGUCUCUAGGGCUUGUAGUCCUAAGCAUAUAGGAGCUCAUAACUUUGGAAAGGUAGGUCACUUAUUUAGGCCCUGAUCCUGCAGGGACUUGUGUGUGCUUCACUUUAUGCACUGUGACUUUGACUUCAAGUGGAACUACUCGUAUAAAGUGAAGCAGACUCAUAAGUGUUUGCAGGGUUGGGUGCUUAGUUAUCUAUAUAUAAAUAAAGCUACGGUUUAGUCAUGGGCAUUUUUAGUAAAAGUCAUGGGCAAUAAACAGAAAUUCACAGCCCAUAAACUGUCCAUGACCUUUACUAUAAAUACCUCUGAUUAAAUCUUAGGUUGGGGGUCCCAGGGAUGCUGAUAUUCUGGGGGGCACCCUGGGGCCAGCCCCAUCGGCCACUGCUCAGGCUGUCUGCAGGGCCACCAGCAUCUGCUCUGAUGGUCCCCAGGGCUAACAGCUGGGGGGGGCUGCCGAGCAGACGCUGAUCUGGCUGUCCCUGAGGCCGCUGUUCCGGCCGGUCCCCGGGGCCAGUCACACCAACUGAUGCUCGGACAGUCCCCGGGGUCGCCCAAGCAGUGGCCGACACGGCUGUUCCCAGGGUCGCCCAAGCAGUGGCUGACGCGGCUGGCCCCAGGGUCGCCUGAGCAGCAGCCAGCGUGGCUGUCACCCGGGGCCAACUGCUUGGGCGGUCCUGGGGUCAGCCACACCGUUCACUGCAGAAGUCAUGGAAAGUCCCGGAAUCCAUGACUUCUGCGACUUCCAUGACAGACAUGCAGCCUUAUAUAUAAAGUUCAGAACCAAAUUUUAGGCUUCUAUUUUUAAAACAAAGGCAAUAAUAUUUUUAAAGAUACUUUACAUAAACCAACAGUGAGGAUUUGGGUUUGCAAAAAAGUAUUGAGAUCUUGGUUUUCCUGGCUUCAGAAUCAAAAUACUCCAGUCAGGCUGUGUUUCUAAUAAUGAAAUAAUGACUUGAACAUACUUCGACUUCACAGAUUAGCUAUUGCUCAGGCUUGAAGGUAAUGCUACCAUGUUUUUGUUUCUUUACCUAAAUGGUUUUAAAUGUAAAAACAUAAAUCCUAUGCAGUGGGAGUGGAAAAGGGGGGAUGGUUUUCAUUUGGCAUAAUUUCCUGUGAGACACAGUUCUAAAUAAGGCCCAUAUUUACACAAGACAAUACAGUUUUACAUUGUAGUAGUAUAUUCAGCACAUUUUAAAAUUGUUUAGCCAUCCCUGGGUAUUUAAUACCGUCACAAUAAAUGUGUUUAAUAAAGGUGAGUGAAGUUUGAAAUAAUUUUUGAAUAAUUUUUACAGUAGACACACCAGUUAAAUCAACCCCCUUGCAGUAAUAAAUGUCAGAAAAACAAUUAAUUAUACUUGCUUGCAACUGCAAAAUCAAUUGUGUGACUGUUCUUUUAAAACAGACUUUUACAUUACUAAAGGCUAAACACUACGCUUCUGUAACUUGUCAGAAUCAGGUUUUGGUUAAUAGAUACUUUCAGUGAUGUAAUGGGAACUUUUGGCAGUGAGUCAGAAUAUAAUGGACUGUGAUUAAUGUUUUAAUAAGUACUUUUCUUCUACUUAUGAUGCAGUGGUGAAAUGGUUUCCUGCUCAAAUUGAUAGGAGAACAGCAGGUGUGCAUACAUAUUUUUUCUUUAAGAAAAAACAGUUGUUUAUCUUUUUAAGCAGAAUUUCUUAUAUUUUUCUUUAAUUCAAACGUUGUUAGGUUUGUUUUGUCUUUUUUCAGUCUUAGCAAUUAUUGAUGUCUGUAAUUUGAAAG